AUGCGGACUACGUGGCACGAUGAACGGACACUGCAUCCAACCACGGUUCUGUUUUCCGGAGCGUUAAUACAGCGACGGAAUCGGGGAACGUCUACGCGGUUGCGGCAGAAGGAACCGAGUCAAGAGGGACAGACACGCUUUCGAGCGGCCGCCACAUACCGGUUACCUUUUGAACGCCCAUCUGGAGCUUUUCGGCGGACUCAAGAUGCCACUAUACCAGGGAGAAAGAAUAUACCCCAUCAUAAGAGCAAAGUGGAGCGAAAGAAGAGGGCCUCUUUGCCUCCGGAUUCUUCGCGCAGUGUUGAUUUAGCCUUCUUUACAUCCCUGCAAGGAUCUGAAAAUUUUAGAGUUCAUUUCAAGUUCGAUCUCGCCCCAUCCGAUAUCCAGCCCCCCAGACCUUACCUCGCAUGGUUGGGUGGCUACAAUCCCCGCCUAGCAAGUAUUCUCUCGCCGAGUUUCAAGACACGUCAACGCUUCUGUAUCCUCCCAAAAUGCGUAAUCGAAAAAGACGCGUCGCGUGGCGGGUUAACCGACUUGCCACGACUAAACCACGCAACGACAUUCUGA